AUGGCUCAUUGCGAGAUUACGCUACUCGUCAACGCCUGCGAGUGGAUCACGAAGUACCGCAAGGAUGGAUCGGCAUACAGGGCGGAAAUAUCGGACUGCGGACAGACGAAUUGCAAAUGGUCGGACAACUAUGUUCCACCCCAGCAGUGA